GUUCUUCCCUUCCCACCAUCCCCUCCGCUGCCAGCAACUUCUUGCGUUAAUCGCGCUACACGAACGCGGCUGUCAACGCUGUCAAAUUCUGUGCUGGCCGUGUGGGAUUAUCCUUAGCCGUCGUCUCGUCUCGUCGCCUUCAAACUUUCCCGCUUUCCGAUCGCGGACGUGCACACUGUUCACGCACGACGGAGCCGCAAGUAGAGAAAUGUGAGACGCCUUCGUGCGAGGCGGAUGCGUUCUCCGGUGAAAUAAACGAACGCUCGCGCCGCGAUGAGCUGCGGUUAUGUUUCCCGAUGGAGAGCGGUUUAACGACAAUGGCGGCAAUGUCCCCGUCGAAGCGGAGGCUCCAGAAAGAAUUAAUGUCCUUGAUACGUGAACCACCACCUGGGGUAUACGUAGAUGGACAAUCAGCUGAGCAGAAUCUGACACAAUGGAUUGUCCAUAUGGAAGGUGCUAAGGGCACACUGUAUGAGGGAGAACAGUUUCAGCUGCAGUUCAAAUUCAGUUCCAAAUAUCCCUUUGACUCACCGGAAGUGACAUUCAUAGGUGGGAACAUCCCCGUACAUCCGCACGUCUACAGCAAUGGCCACAUUUGUUUAUCCAUACUAACAGAGGACUGGUCUCCUGCUCUCAGUGUGCAGAGUGUCUGCCUGAGCAUCGUCUCCAUGCUUAGCAGUUGUAAAGAGAAGAAGAGGCCACCGGACAAUAUGUUUUAUGUAAAAACUUGUAACAAAAAUCCAAAAAAGACAAAAUGGUGGUAUCACGAUGACAGCGUCUAACGUAGAAAGAGACUCCGCGAAGAUGUUACCAACUUGUCAACAUGGUAGAAUCGUCGGACCAAGGGAGCUCAUAUUCAGACAAAGUUUGCGUCAAAUCAAUAAGAAUUUUGCGUACAAUAUUAUUACAUAAUGUCACAUUAUAUAACGAGAAAUUAGAUGUGAAUAUAUCAAUGUCAACGCUUUUGCUGGGGCAAAAUCCGGUCGAAAAGUGACCACACCACAGGUACCGAACGUUGCUACAGUUGCGUUUGUACGCAACGCGUAGUGCUCGUUCCGCGGCGACGGCGGGCCGCUCUCAGUAGCAGCGGCAAAAGUUGAGGAAAUAAGAAAAAGACAAGGCUACAACCUACUUACCUAUUGUAACAACUAUUAUAACGAUAAAGUUAACUGUGUACUGCGCGAGUUGUUCAGACGUAAAUUAUUGCGAUGUUGCUGAUAGAGUGAUGCAUAUUAUAUUAAAGUUAACAUUACACUGCUGGAUUUAGCGGAUCUUAACGGAAAAAGAGAUGAGAGUCGCCGACGGCGGGUAUAUUGAAAUACACGAAGGAGUGCAGAAAU